CCUAGCUGUUAGGGAACGUGAGUUAGCGAAACCAUUUGAAGCGUUAAAACGUGAACGAAGAAUCAAAAUGAAGAGGAAGUACUUUUCCUUUCUUCUAGGAUGGGAAAAUAGUGAAACAACAAUGUUCCGCAAAGUAAGAUCUCUCUUGGCUUUCGCCAAACGUUUUCAUCUAUCCUUCGGAUGUGCAUCGCAAUCUGUCAAUCUGAUAUCGAACAAUAAAUCAGUGUCAAACGUAUACGUGAAUCAUCAAUUUCUUAAUUCGUCAAUGAUUCAGGUAAUACAUUCAAGAAUACUUGUGGAAGGAAAAGAUGAACUAAGUGGGAGAAAGUUGAGAACAACUUUCUGUAAAGAGGAUGAAGAAAUAAAAUUCUUGAUCCCCACUUUUCUUCUCCCCGCCAUUAUGCUCAGAGUUGGCAAGAGAGCAGACGGACUUUACAGUAGAAACCCAGAUUGAAAGGAGAAGCGUAUAUAAAAGUUCUGUGAAUAUAUGGAUGGAUGCUCAAGAAGAAAUUAUUCGUUCUUGAUCGAAGGAAAAACUAUAUUAUUGUUAAUAUACGUGGAGAGUGUAAGAUAUUUAUAUUGUCCUAAUAAUAAAAUGGAUUUCUUGUUGUUAGUGAAGUAUUUUUGAAUGCAGUUCAGUUAGUGUCAUUUUACAUUUAGGAACAAAAUGUAUGACAACGAUGGAAAAAUUUAUAAGAAGAACGAAAGUGAAAUAUCAGGUUCCGUAGAAAAAAGAUUGCAAAAUCUUCUCAACGAUGGACGAAAUGCAUCGGUUCACACAGAUUCAUGCGAUGUUGACUUACCGUCAUUUUACGAUCCGAAAAGAUUUCGUCUAGGUCAAGAAGCAUUUCAUAAUAAUAUCUUCUCGAUGAUGAUCGCUAAAUUGUCAGGAUUAAUAGCUCUUUUCGCAGUACCUACUAUUGUUGAUAUAAUCGCAUUUACGAAACAAAGUGACACACCGUGUUUGGCCUUUCGGAGAUACGCUUCGACUAUAUUUCAUACAUUCGUGUGGUACGGAAAGGAACCGAAAAAACAAAAGGAAUUCCUUGAAUCUUUGAAAAUCGUCAGGAAGAAACAUUGCGUUGCAUUUCAUAGAAGUUUCAACGCCGGUCUACGUAAAGCUUCGCAAACUGACAUGGCCUUAGCUCAGUUUGGAUUUAUUGGAUAUAUAUUGCUCGGUACUAAACAACUUGGAAUAUAUACGACUGAUGAAGAAAUGGACGGUCUCGUACAUUUUUGGCGAGUAAUCGGUUGUGUUCUUGGAAUGGAAGACAAAUACAAUAUCUGCAUGGAAACGGUCGAAGAAACGCGUGCACUUUGUGCGAAGGUUUUAGACGAAAUAUUCUUGCCAUCCAUAAUUAAAAACAAGAUAAUAUUCAACGAAAUGGCACAUGUACUUUUAAAAGGACUUUGGUGCAUUAAUCCAUACUUGGAUCCACAUGCGUUCACUGCAUUUACUCUUUACUUAACUUCGUUAAUCGUCAUUAAUAAUAAUCAUUCUAUUAAUAUAGAUUAUCAGAGUAUGUCAUGGUAUAGUAAAUUCAUCUUUAAUUUACAACUAUUCGUACAUCGAUACCUGAUUGCAACUAAGUAUUGGUGGUCCAUUAUAUUUCGCAAAUUCUUCAACAGUCAAAUGCGAUUGGCUAUAUAUUUAACCGAAAAUUAUCCAUAUAUUGCCUAUUGGUCAUUUGGUAUAAAAAAAUCGGACGUUAACACAUAUCGUUAUUAUUUCAAAUGAAUGUAUAAAUUUUGAAAAAGAAAAAGAAAAAGGAAAAAAAAAAAAGAAAAUUAUCAAU